AAAGGGAAUCCGCCUAGUGUCCUUCUUAGCCUUUGCUCAACAGCAAAAAGUAGAGCAAAAACGGGUUAGUAUUCCAAUUUUUCUGACAUUGAACCACCAAUCAACUUUCUUCGAUGAGAAUUCGCUGACACUUUCACGUGCUUUCCUUCUCUUCUCAAAAUUUAUCUUUGUCCUUUUGCUCGAUUCAUGCGCUUUUUUCACUCUCUCUACUUGAUUUCCCCAUCUACGGCUUCCGUUUCCUCUGUUUCUUCCUCCAUUUUUACCGUUUGAUCGUUCAUUUCCACUGUGAUUUACUCACAACGGAGGAGCCUUCACUUCCCGGAUCUGGGUUCUGGGUGUUGGCUUGGAAAUGGGUGUCAUCUCCAGAAAAAUCUUCCCAGCAUGCGGGAAUAUGUGCAUAUGCUGCCCUGCUCUGAGGUCGAGGUCUCGGCAGCCAGUUAAGCGUUACAAGAAGUUGCUAGCUGACAUAUUUCCUAAAUCUCUUGAUGGCCCUCAAAGCGAGAGGAAAAUCGUGAAGUUAUGUGAAUAUGCUGCGAAAAAUCCGUUCCGCAUUCCGAAGAUUGUAAAAUAUCUUGAAGACAGAUGCUGUAAAGAACUUCGAUGUGAGCAAGUCAAAUGCAUUGCUAUCAUUGCAGAUACAUACAAUAAGUUGCUUUCCCUUUGUAAGAACCAGAUGGCAUAUUUUGCUGGUAGUCUGCUGAAGGUCAUUGCUGAACUCUUAGACAACUCAAAGCACGUUGACUUGCUAAUACUCGGGUGUCAAACCUUGACAAACUUCAUACACAAUCAGGCAGACAGCACGUACAUGCACAAUGUCGAGAGCUUGGUACCGAAAGUAUGUAUGCUGGCAUUGGAAAAAGGGGAAGACCAAAAAAUGCUGCGCUUGAGGGCAUCAAGUCUACAAUGCAUUUCUGCCAUGGUCUGGUUCAUGACCGAGUAUUCACAUAUUUUUCUCGAGUUCGACGAGAUUGUUCGUGUGACUCUUGAGAACUAUGAUCCUGCUCGUGAUGGUAACUCCGAUGAUAACACAGAGCCACAUCAUAAUUGGCUUAAUGAAGUUGCUAGAUCUGAAGGGAGAUGUGGUGCAGUUGGUGGUGAUGUUAAUGGUUCAUACGGAAUCAUCAGACCAAGACCGAAUAAGAAGGAUCCGGCUCUACUCACUCGGGAAGAGAGCGAGUCUCCAAGAGUAUGGUCUCAGAUUUGCGUGCAACGAAUGCUUGAUUUGGCCAAGGAGAGUACAACAAUGCGCCGAGUAUUGGAUCCAAUGUUUAUCUACUUCGAUUCGGGAAGGCACUGGGUUCCACAGCAGGGCCUUGCUUUGAUGGUUUUGUCUGAUAUGUUAUACUUCAUGGAGAGUUCAGGUAACCAGCAGUCAAUAUUGGCUUCGGUAAUACGCCAUCUCGACCACAAAAACGUUUCACAUGAUCCUCAGCUGAAAACGUGUAUCAUUCAAGUUGCUUCAAAUUUAGCUAGACAAAUUAGGUCGGGAACCGUGCUGGCAGAAAUCGGAUCUGUCUCUGACUUGUGCAGGCAUCUUAGGAAGAGUCUUCAAGUCACAGUUGAAUCAGCUGGGCAGCAAGAACUGGAUUUGAAUAUUUCACUUCAAAAGUCUAUUGAAGAUUGCUUACAUGAAAUUGGCAGAGGGAUCGGUGAUGCGCGUCCUUUGUACGAUCUGAUGGCUAUAUCGCUCGAGAAUUUGACUUCUGGAGCUGUUGCAAGAGCCACCAUUGGGUCCUUGAUGAUUCUUGCUCACAUGAUCUCCUUGGUAUCAGUUUCUUCAGACUCCCAACAGGUGUUUCCAGAAGCUCUUCUUGUCCAAAUCCUGAAGGCAAUGUUGCAUCCUGAUACCGAAACACGCAUCGGAGCUCAUCAAAUAUUCUCCGUUCUUGUCGUUCCCAGUUCUAAUUGCCACCUACAAGAAACUUCCUCGGUUCAAUCUGCUACUCCUUACAAGCCAACGGCAUGGCAUUCCAAUGCAGCGUCUGCGUCGACUUCUGCUUCCAUUACUGCUCUACUCGAUAAACUUCGACGAGAAAAGGAUGGCCCGAGAGAAGAAAAAACUGGACAUAAUAUUCAAACGAAUCUAAAAGAAAAUGGCUCUUUAGAAGAAGACUGGAAGCAGAGACGGAACCAUCGAAAUUUCGCUACAUUUCACAAAAUUCAAUCGAUCAUUGACAGGAAAGCUGGAUCUUCAAGUUCCACCGAAGCAGAACCACGGAUCAUGAAGUUUAGUGAAGAUCAAUUAUCACAAUUGUUGUCUGCGUUCUGGAUACAAGCCAAUCUUCCAGAUAAUUCUCCCUCAAAUAUUGAAGCCAUUGCUAAUUCUUUUGUCUUGACACUAAUCUCGGCACGCCUGAAGAGCCAGCAGGACAAUCUUAUGAUCCGAUUCUUCCAGCUUCCACUGUCUCUGAGAAAUGUAUCUCUGGAGCCUUACCAUGGUACGUUACGCCCGUCGUCACAGAGGUCGGUGUUUAUUUUGUCUAUAGGCAUGCUGCUGUUUGCUGCUAAGCUCUAUCACAUACCUCAUUUGAAUCAUCUUCUGAAGUCAUUAGUGGCUUAUGAUGUUGAUCCAUAUCUGGUAAUUAGUGAAGAUCUUCACGUUUGUUUAAAGCCUGAGGUCGAUCUGAGGGAAUAUGGAUCCGUUACUGAUAAUGAGCUAGCUCGGUCCUAUCUCUCUGACCUGCGCAACAAAGUAUACGAAGCAGACAAUGUCAUUAUCGAUAUUUUAGCACAAAACUUGUCGGGAAUUACCCAGCUGGAUAAAAAUGAGCUAGCUAAGCUGUUAUUAGAGGCAUUUACACCUGAUGAUCCUUACAUGUAUGGCCCACAAUCAAUGCUCGAUUUUCGCAAAAAUAAAUCGGUUGCUCACUCGAAGGAAUCCUUAUCGUUCGAUGGGGAUCUUUCUAAUUUACUGGUUGAGGAUGAAGUGACGAGUGAAGCCUCUGUUGCGGAUAUUGCUCGGUUCAUUCCUCGAGUACCUCCAUCGCCUUCGGUAUCUCACAUAAUGGGCAUUAGUCAGCUUCUCGAAUCGGCACUGGAGGUAGCCGGUCAGGUAGCUGGAACAUCGGUUUCUACGUCGCCUCUUCCAUACAACGCCAUGGCAAGCCAAUGUGAAGCUCUCGGCACCGGCACAAGGAAGAAACUCUCCAAUUGGUUGGCACAUGAGAACCACCAUACCAGACAUGAUGGAUAUUGUCCUCCAUUUCCUAUGAGUAGCCACUCUGCUGUUGAAAAGAUACUGUCAGACGAACGACAUCUUCAUGGAGGCGGAUUGCCAGUAGACCGAUGGUUAGGCAUGAGGCUUCCUCCCGCUAGCCCAUUCGACAACUUUCUCAAGGCGGCUGGGUGUUAACCAGAAGUACAUAAAUUAUUGUCGAUUCGCACAAAGACAUCGAUCGUUAGGAUCCGUAGAUAAUCACUGUUAAAUCGUUCGUAGCAUUAGCUUAACUAACCUUUCAUACAUUCAGUAGCUAGGCUUACCUGAACUGUGCCACUCACUGUUCAUGAGGCUUAGCUAGCUAGGCUUACCUGAGCAGUGUCUAGUAACAAUCAUAGAUAGAGAGCUAAGUUUUAGUACUCAUGCUGGUGAAUGAUACUCAGCCCCUCUUUGUGGCUUGUUCUUGUCAUGUCUAUCAACUUUCUAGCUUUGGCUUCUUGUUAUGUAAUGUCGUUCGAAUUUGUGCUCU